CUCCAAAUAACCACCCUCCUCCUCAGGACACCUCAAAGAUGUCCAAUGCCAGCUGAAGAGGGGAGUAAAAAUUCAGGUUCCAUUUGACAAUGUGACGUAUCUGAAAUCAGAAAGGGCUUGUCAACUCUGGGAACACAACUCGGGUUUUCCCAGGACGCUUUGCAAGGGGAAGCUGGACUGUCAGUGACCCAGAAAGGGUGAGGGAUAGAGUAAGAAAGAACUGCAGAAGCUAAAACAGCAGCAUGAUAAGCACAAAGUCCUGUGAGGAAGCUCAUUCUGAAAACGCUUGUUUCAUUCCAAACUCUUUUCAGAUGGAAAUAAAAGGAAACAUGGGUGGGAUUUACUGGAGCUGGCCUGGAUUCUCUCUCAGAUUCCAGGAGGGGUUAUGAGAAAAGACCCCAGACUUAGGCACGUGAAGCAGGGUAGACGCUUCGAAAGCCGGGACUGCGGUCCCCAGACCCCACCGGCUGCCACCUGCGGGCCCAGAUUGGCCCGGCCCCACCCCCGGCAACGCCUCUCGCAGUCCCUUAGCAACCGCCCCCUCCCCAGCCCGGCUCCGCCUGCUCCUUACCAGCUCCUCGGGGGUGCGGGUCUCACGCUCACCGCAGCAGCAGCACCACCUGCAACAGCAGCACAGAGACCCCCUGCACCCCGCCAUCUUCCUCCUUUACUGCCACUCUGGACCCCUCUACCACCCCCUCCCACCCAGGAUCUGCGCCUCACGUGACUGGUCCCGGGACGGUCACGUGGCCCUCUCGAGCUCUGGGACUGAGAACGGGAGUGGCUGCAGACGGGUGGGGCGACGGCUCGCGUCACAUGACGGUAAAGACACGGCCUCCAAAGAGACCCGUGGGCGCGGCCAUGUUGGAGGCGGGGCUUCCGGUCACCCGCACCGGUGGUUUCCGCCCUGUCGGGCCCGCCUCUCCAGCAACCUGACACUUGCGCCUCGCCCCUCAUUGCGUUCCCCGCCCCCACAGAGGCCACGCUGGUGCGGCCGGCGGGCGAGCGUUCUGAGUCACCCGGGACUGAAGGCAGGAACCUGGCCAUGGUGAACGAAGCCAGAGGAAAUGGCAGCCUCAACCCCUGUUUGGAGGGCAGUGCCAGCAGUAGCAGCGAGAGCUCCAAAGACAGUUCGAGAUGUUCCACCCCGGGCCUGGACCCCGAGCGGCAUGAGAGACUCCGGGACAAGAUGAGGCGGCGAAUGGAAUCUGGUGACAAGUGGUUCUCUUUGGAAUUCUUCCCUCCUCGAACUGCUGAGGGAGCUGUCAAUCUCAUCUCAAGGUUUGACCGGAUGGCGGCAGGCGGCCCCCUCUUCAUAGAUGUGACCUGGCACCCAGCAGGUGACCCUGGCUCAGACAAGGAGACCUCCUCCAUGAUGAUCGCCAGCACCGCCGUGAACUACUGUGGCCUGGAGACCAUCCUGCACAUGACCUGCUGCUGUCAGCGCCUGGAGGAGAUCACGGGCCAUCUGCACAAAGCCAAGCAGCUGGGCCUGAAGAACAUCAUGGCACUGCGGGGAGACCCCAUAGGUGACCAGUGGGAAGAGGAGGAGGGAGGCUUCAACUACGCAGUGGACCUGGUGAAGCACAUCCGAAGUGAGUUUGGUGACUACUUUGACCUCUGUGUGGCAGGUUACCCCAAAGGCCACCCUGAAGCAGGGAGCUUUGAGGCUGACCUGAAGCACUUAAAGGAGAAGGUGUCCGCGGGAGCCGAUUUCAUCAUCACACAGCUUUUCUUUGAGGCUGACACAUUCUUCCGCUUUGUGAAGGCAUGCACCGACAUGGGUAUCACUUGCCCCAUCGUCCCCGGGAUCUUUCCCAUCCAGGGCUACCACUCCCUUCGGCAGCUUGUGAAGCUGUCCAAGCUAGAGGUGCCACAGGAGAUCAAGGACGUGAUUGAGCCAAUCAAAGACAAUGAUGCUGCCAUCCGCAACUAUGGCAUCGAGCUGGCUGUGAGCCUGUGCCACGAGCUUCUGGCCAGUGGCUUGGUGCCAGGCCUCCACUUCUACACCCUCAACCGCGAGAUGGCUACCACAGAGGUCCUGAAGCGCCUGGGGAUGUGGACUGAGGACCCCAGGCGUCCCCUGCCCUGGGCUCUCAGCGCCCACCCCAAGCGCCGAGAAGAAGAUGUACGUCCCAUCUUCUGGGCCUCCAGACCAAAGAGUUACAUCUACCGUACCCAGGAGUGGGACGAGUUCCCCAACGGCCGCUGGGGCAAUUCCUCUUCCCCUGCCUUUGGGGAGCUGAAGGACUACUACCUCUUCUACCUGAAGAGCAAGUCCCCCAGGGAGUUGCUGCUGAAGAUGUGGGGGGAGGAGCUGACCAGUGAAGAAAGUGUCUUUGAAGUCUUUGUUCUCUACCUCUCGGGAGAGCCAAACCGGAAUGGUCACAAAGUGACUUGCUUGCCCUGGAACGAUGAGCCCCUGGCAGCCGAGACCAGCCUGCUGAAGGAGGAGCUGCUGCGGGUGAACCGCCAGGGCAUUCUCACCAUCAACUCACAGCCCAACAUCAACGGGAAGCCGUCCUCUGACACCGUCGUGGGCUGGGGCCCCAGCGGGGGCUAUGUCUUCCAGAAGGCCUACUUAGAGUUCUUCACUUCCCGUGAGACAGCGGAAGCGCUUCUGCAAGUGCUGAAGAAGUACGAGCUCCGGGUUAAUUACCACCUUGUCAAUGUGAAGGGUGAAAACAUCACCAAUGCCCCCGAACUGCAGCCGAACGCCGUCACUUGGGGUAUCUUCCCCGGGCGAGAGAUCAUCCAGCCCACCGUAGUGGAUCCCAUCAGCUUCAUGUUCUGGAAGGACGAGGCCUUCGCCCUGUGGAUUGAGCAGUGGGGCAAGCUGUAUGAGGAGGAGUCUCCAUCCCGCACGAUCAUCCAGUACAUCCACGACAACUACUUCCUGGUCAACCUGGUGGACAAUGACUUCCCACUGGACAACUGCCUGUGGCAGGUGCUGGAAGACGCACUUGAGCUUCUCAACAGGCCCACCCAGAAUGAGAGAGAGACGGAGGCUCCGUGACCCUGUGUCCUGACGCCCUGCGCUGGAGCCACUCCUGUCCCACCUUCCUCCUCCACAAUGCUACUUCUCUGGGAAUCCCACUCUCCUUCAUGUCUCCCCCACCCCUGGCCUCCACUCCCCCACCUGACGAUGGCAGCUAGACUGGAGUGAGGCUUCCAGGCUCUGGCUGGACUUGAGUUGGCCCCACAUGGGAACCUAGUACUCCCUGCUCUAGCCAGGAGUCUGUGCUCUUUUGCUGGGGAGCACUUCCGUCUUGCAGAGAACCACAGCGGGUGGCACCUCCUGAGAAGGCGAGGAGAGUGGUUGUUGCCAGCUAAGCCCUCGAACCAAGGCAGCCUCCAGAGCCAGCCUGGGACUCCCGGUGAACUUACACUUGGAGCCUGUGCAGUACAGGCAAAACACGCAUGGGCGCCAGGCACUGGUGGCAUCGUAGAAGAGAUGUGGCAAAGUGCUGUACCCUUCCACCUCCUAGAGGUGGGCAGCUGGGCCCCACCUACUUGUGAGUGAAGGGACAUACCACUGCCCUGCCUGCCCGCUUAGCCGUCCAUGGCACCAGCCCCCUGGAUGGGCAUUGGGCUGACACCUACCAUGCUGCUUUCUGGCACAGUUGUCUAUUCUGAGCUUUGAGAGAAAAAGUACCCCUUAAGGGUUGACAGCAGCAGUCUGAACCCUUGUGCUUGGUGGGGGUCGUGGCCUUCCCCUUUUCCCUGGCUGUGGAGGCCUAAGGCUACCCCGUUCCCUGUCAAAAGCCAAGAGGAGAUUCACCAGCACAGGGGCCGCAGACCUGCCUGGGGCUAUGCAGCA